ACUGCAGAUCAGAGCUCAUCAAAGCCAAAACGCACACUCCCCUUUAAUUUGCUUUCAGGCGUUUCAGCCUUUAAUUUUCUCCAAACAACACCCAAAAUAUGAGGAGGAUUUCAAUUACUGUUCCGGCGGUUGCGUUACUGGCCGCGCUACUCUUCGCCGCCGCCUCCCAAAUCUCCGUCGCCAUCACUGAUGGAUUAAUAGUUAAUGGCAACUUCGAAGCACCGGUGAAGAAAACGGAGCUAAACGGCACGGUGGUGUUGAAGCAGGACGCCGUGCCAGGGUGGAUCAUCACGGGGUUCGUGGAAUACAUCUUGGCGGGGCAGACGCAAGGGGACAUGCUCCUGGUGGUGCCGGAAGGCUACGCCGCCGUGCGGCUGGGCAACGAGGCGUCCAUCAAGCAAAAACUGAACGUCACAAAAGACAUGUACUACUCCAUAACGUUCUGCGCCGCCCGGACAUGCGCGCAGGAGGAGAAGCUCAACGUGUCGGUGGCGCCCGACUCCGGCGUCUUGCCCAUCCAAACACUGUACAGUAGCAACGGGUGGGACUGUUACGCGUGGGCGUUCCAGGCGGACUAUAACGAGAUUGAGAUCAUAAUCCAUAACCCCGGCGUGGAGGAGGACCCCGCUUGUGGUCCCUUGAUCGACUCCGUUGCGAUUCGGACGCUCUACCCUCCUAGACCUACUAAUGUGAACUUGGUAAAGAACGCGGAUUUCGAGGAGGGUCCAUACUUGUUCGCGAACGUGACAACCGGCGUUCUUUGCCCGCCCUUCAUCGAGGACGACCACUCUCCCAUCCCGGCGUGGACGGUGGACUCUCUGAAAGCCGUGAAGUACAUAGACGCGGAGCAUUUCUCGGUGCCCCACGGCAGGAGAGCCGUGGAACUGGUGGCCGGGAAAGAGAGCGCCAUCGCUCAAAUCACCAGAACAAUUGUGGGCAAAAUUUACGACCUCACGUUCCUGGUGGGAGACGCCAGCAACUCGUGCGAGGGCUCCAUGAUCGUGGAGGCGUUCGCCGGGCAGUCCACGCUCAAAGUCCCCUACGAGUCCAAGGGCAAGGGCGGAUUUAAACCGGCCAAACUCCGGUUCAAGGCCACCGCUAACAGAACCAGGAUUAUGUUCUUCAGCACAUACUACCAUACACGAAGCGAUGACUUUGUCUCACUCUGUGGCCCCGUUGUUGACCACGUCAGGCUUCUCAGUGUUCGUCAUCCCAAUUUUCUCCCUUAAAUUCAAUCCAUAUAUAAUUUUCGAUUAUACUAUAUAUGAAGAUGAAGAUAUAUCAAUUUUACUUCCCCAAAUACUGUUUAUUGAACCAGAGAUCGUGCGGAUAUAUAUGGAUUUUUGUUGUAAUAUGAAGCGAGGAGAUCGAUGGAGAAAGUUUGUCUUACCUCAUAGUAUGCAUGCAUGAUAUUACUAACUACUACUAUAUGAAUACUUCUAUUUAUAUAUAUGUAUGACUCUCUAGUGGAAGUCAAUAUAUAGUAUUAUGUAUAUUGUGAUGGGUACGUGUUGAAUGGUAAUUUGUUGAAAUAAUAAUUAUAUACUUCGAUCAAUGAAUGUUUGUAAUAUUUCGAGUGUGAUAUGUGAAAAUCCUUUGUCGUA